AAACCUUGUUUUAGAGAUCAAGCCUUGAAAGUUGACACUAAAGUUUAUAUCACCAUGUCAUCAUAAUUAUAGUAAGUAAUAUUUUAUUUUCAAAGAGAGAGAAAAACAAAUAAACGUACGAACAUUGAUCGAAGGUCGGACCAUACAUAUUAUAUAUAUACAAAUAUAAACCCCACUAUAUUUAGUCCACUUUCUAUAUAGUACUUUUGCCUAUUUACUUCACUACUAAAUUAGCAAUCAAGAUUCCACACAUUUGGGCAAACUUUCAUAUAAAUAAUAUGGCAAAAACCUCAAACCCGAGUAAACAAAACACUUGUUUAAGCAACAGCAGUACCGAUAAUGGCAUUUCUAAAGGGACGAGGAAGCGAAAAGCCGCCUCCAAAGCCUCCCUGCCUCAACGACGUAGUUCAAUCUACAGAGGUGUCACCAGGCACCGGUGGACGGGUCGAUAUGAAGCUCAUUUAUGGGAUAAAAAUUGCUGGAAUGAGUCGCACACUAAAAAAGGAAGACAAGUAUAUUUGGGGGCCUACGAUGAGGAAGAAGCAGCCGCACGUGCAUAUGACUUGGCAGCAUUGAAGUAUUGGGGUCAAAACACAAUCCUUAAUUUCUCUGUGUCGACGUAUGAAAAAGAGAUAAAAGAAAUGGAAGGUCAAUCAAGAGAUGAAUAUAUUGGUUCUUUGAGAAGGAAAAGUAGCGGAUUUUCAAGAGGAGUUUCGAGAUACAGAGGCGUAGCUAGACACCACCACAAUGGACGAUGGGAGGCUCGCAUUGGCAGGGUGUUCGGUAACAAGUAUCUCUACCUUGGAACAUAUGGUAGUGAAGAGGAAGCAGCAAUGGCAUAUGAUAUGGCAGCAAUAGAGUAUCGAGGACGAAACGCUGUUACAAACUUUGACCUCAGCCGUUACAUCAACUCUGUAGUUCCAAACCCUAUAAGCAACCCUAAUGACAUGAAUCCCAUGAGUAACACCAACGGUGAAGAUAAAACAUCGGUCGUAGACUGCCCUGAAACACCACCGGAGGUCGAGAAAUGUCGGACGAGUAUUUUCCCCGAUGACAUACAAACAUACUUUGACUGUCAAGAUUCGAGUAGCUUUGUGGAGGAUAGUCAUAUUAUUUUUGGAGAUUUAGAGUCAUUUGUGUUGCCUAUGAUGUUUGAAUGUCACGACCUUGAUAGGUAACGUAGAGGCAUGAAUGAACAAUAAUUGUCACACAUUUAGUAUAGGUGAAAGAACACCAGAAUUCAUAUUGAUUACAUGAGGAAUUAAUUGUUUCUUAGUUUUGAUUUUUUGAAGAAUUAACUAUUGUUUAUAAUUACAAGAGAGGAGAGAAAUAAAAGGUAUAGAGUAUUAUUUA